GGGCAGGGCAAUCUUUUUUUUUCUUUUCUGACGAUCGGCCUGAAAAAAAAAGGAGGUUGGGGUUUUAUCCGAUGGGUGAUUAAAUAAUAAAACCCCAGUCGGCCUCGACUCGUCCAAAAUGUUGUACCCACGAUACUCUCAUUCUUUUGUUUUUGUUUAGUUGGCAUAGCGGUGGAAGUGCCUUUCCCCUCUCGGACAAGAUGGACAGCAGCGAGGUUGGCAAGGCGUUGUCCAACACGCAUCACGAAACUCAUGAUGCCCAGGUCAACAAGAACCGCCCCGUCAGCAGAGGGGCCGACACGGCUGCGCAGAUGAUUGGCGGUCGGCAGGUUGUGGUUACGGAUGAAGAUAAUAAACGAAUCCGCAGAUUGACCGACAAGAGGAUCCUGACCAUCCUCGUGUGGAUCUACUUCCUCCAGAUCCUGGACAAGAGCGUGCUCGGCUACGGGGCCAUCUUUGGCAUGCGCGAGGACUGCAACCUGACGGGCGACCAGUACUCGCUGGUGUCGUCCAUCUCGGCCAUCGUGCAGCUGGCGUGGCAGCCGUUCUCGUCGUGGCUGAUCGUCAAGGUGCCGCACCGGAUCCUGAUGCCGUCGCUCGUGUUUGGCUGGGGCGUGGCGCAGACCUUCAUGGCGCUGUGCCACAACUACCAGGGCCUGAUGGCCACGCGCGCGCUGCUGGGCCUGUUCGAGGCCGGCUGCCUGCCGCUCUUCUCCAUCAUCACCAGCCAGUGGUACCGCCGCGCCGAGCAGCCCAUGCGCGUGGCCUGCUGGUACGGCACCAACGGGCUCUCGACCAUGUUCGCGGCCGCCGUGUCGUACGGCCUGGGCCAGAUCAGCGGCGACAUCCACAGCUGGCAGAUCCUCUUCAUCUUUGUCGGGCUCAUGACCGUCGUCUCGGCCCCCGUGUGCUACUGGUUCCUCGACAACGACAUACCGUCCGCGCGCUUCCUCGACGACGAGGACAAGCUCAAGGCCAUCGAGCGCCUGCGCGCCAACCAGACCGGCACCGGCAGCCGCGACUUUAAAAUGUCCCACGUCUGGGAGGCGCUGCUGGAGCCCAAGACGUGGCUCUUCUUCGGGCUGGCCAUGUGCGUCAACACGACGGCCGCCGUGACCAACACCUUUGGCCCCAUUGUGGUCGCGGGCUUCGGCUUCGACAAGUACCGCGCGUCGCUGCUCAACAUACCGUUUGGCGUGGUGCAGCUGCUCGUCAUCUUUCCGUCGUCGUGGGCCGCGCACCGCUACCGGAUCAAGUCGGCGUUCCUGGCCAUCAUCAUGCUGCCCGUGCUGGCGGGGUCCAUCAUGCUGUACGUCCUGGACCGCAGCACCGUGGCGCCGCUGCUGACGGCCUACUACUUUCUGGCCUUUGUCUUUGGCGGCAACCCGCUCAUCGUGUCGUGGAUGAUAUCCAACACGGGCGGCACCACCAAGAAGUCGGUCAUCAUGUCGCUGUACAACGCCGGCAGCUCCGCCGGCAACAUCAUCGGCCCGCUGCUGUUCAACCAGGUCGACGCCCCUUAUUACCACUCGGGCCUGACAAAGGUCAUGGGCAUCACCUGCGCCCUCGUGGCCGCCAUCGGCCUGCAGGCCGCCAACCUCGUCUUCCUCAACAAGAUGCAGGAGAAGAGGAGGGUCGCCAACGGCAAGCCGAGGAAGAUCAAGGACCUGUCCAUGCAGCACGACUACGCGCAAGCGGCCGAGACGGAGCAGGAGGAGGGCGAGGGUGGCGUCAGGCUCGGCGAGAAUGCCUUUAUGGACUUGACCGACAGGCAGAACGACGAGUUUGUGUAUGUGUACUAGACUAGAACUAGAGCGAUAUUAAGGGUCGAGCAUGAUGACAAUCUUGGGCGUUGCUGGUUUGAAGACAUUAUCACAGCCAAUGUUAUGAAAAAAUGUAUUGCUAGUUUGGAUAAAAUGGGCUAUGCAAGCAAAAGGGGUUGAUUUGUGAUUUAAAAAAGAAAACAUGAUAUCAAAAGAUGGUAUUCUGAA